AUGAUAUAUAUUGUAUUUUUGUUAAGUGUAAUUUUUGUGGCUAGUUUUGUUGGUUUUUCAUGCAAGCCAUCUCCUAUUUAUGGAGGUUUGGGGCUGAUUGUUGGUGGGGGAGUUGGUUGUGGUAUGGUAAUAAGUCUUGGGGGUUCUUUUUUGGGCUUGAUGGUGUUUUUAGUAUAUCUUGGUGGAAUGCUGGUGGUGUUUGGGUACACUACUGCUAUGGCUACUGAGGAGUAUCCUGAGGCUUGAGGAUCUAAUGUUGUUGUUUUGGGGGGUUUGUUAAUGGGCUUAUUGGUUGAAGGGUUGGUAGUCAUUUUAUUUUUGAGUGGUGAUGGUGUGGGGUUUGUGUCUUGUGGUUUUAAAUGUAUAGAGGAUUGAGUUAUUUUUAGUGGUGGGGGGGAGGGGUUUGUUCGUGAGGAUUGUGUUGGGGUGUCUGCGUUGUAUAAUUAUGGGGUUUGGUUUAUAGCUAUGGCUGGUUGGGCGCUGUUAGUUAGUGUUCUUGUUGUGGUUGAGGUUACGCGAGGUGGUAGG